AUGCCUAGCCCAUCCAGACCAUCGCCCUCGCCCUCGUCGUCGCCGCUGCACCCUCCCCUCCACCCAGCCGGCACCGAGCUCCAGGCCCCUCCGUCGCCGCGCACCCAUCGCGCCCUGCGAAGACUUCAGUCCGCCCAUAGCCUCGGCGCCUCGCGCGUUGCCACCAACCCGCCCUCUCUCAUCUCGCAGCAGCGCCGCGACCUCCACCGCCACGUCUCCCCGACCAGGGACCCGGCCAACCACUCGCCCCACCGCAGCCGCGCAUACAGCGAUGCUUCCUCCCCCCUCGGCCAUCAUGACAUCAACCCCGUCGCCGUCGCCAAGAGAGCAAACGUCAAGAAGCCCGUCUUCUCCCACGGCCACCUUUCCCUCCAGCAAAUCAUUCGCGAAGGGCCCAACGACGACGAUUUCCCCGGUGCCCUCGAGAGCGCAAGAUGGAAGGUGGUUGACGAAGGCAUCAAGAGUGCCGAAGAUGGAAUGUCGACGCUGCGGAUAUACGUCUGGCUGGUGCUCCUCGACGCUCCCAUCAUGUCCACCGAUGACUACCUCUCCCUUAUCCACCGCGGUGCCUCGCCCGCCUACUCCAAAAUCCGCAACGAUACCUUUCGCACUCUCACCACCGACCCCUUGUUCCGCCGCCGCGUCAGCGAGGCCAGCCUGAUCCGCCUCCUAAACGCCAUCGCCUGGCAGCUGCACGACGCCAAGGAGGAUCAGCGCCAGAGCCGCCCCAGCAGUCGGCAGUCGUCGCAUCCCCGCGACAGCCUCGUCGGCAGCGUCUCGGGCCAUUCCCAAGCAAAAUCCAGUGCCGGCCCGGAGCCAGGCACCUACGUCCAGGGCAUGAACGUCCUUGCCGCGCCGUUCCUCUACGCUGCGCGCAGCGAAGCAGAGGCCUUUGUCGCCUUCCACUCCCUCCUCACUCGCGAAUGCCCAGCCUACAUUCGAGGAGCCAUGGACGGCGUCCACCGUGGCCUCGCCCUCGUCGACAAGGUCCUGGCCAUUGUCGACCCCAAGCUCAGCAUGUACCUGACAGCCAAGGGCCUCUCGGCCGAAAUCUACGCCUUCCCCUCCGUCCUGACCCUCUGUGCCUGCACGCCGCCCCUACCCGAGGUCCUGCGGCUGUGGGACUUUUUGUUUGCCUACGGGCCGCACUUGAACAUUGUCUGCAUCGUCGCCCAGCUAACCAUCAUGAGGUCCCAGAUCCUCCAGUCUCCUAGUCCCAACAAAGUGCUUCGCUCGUUUCCGCAGCUGCACGCUGAUCUCAUCAAGAACGUCACCAUCGGCAUCAUCAAGAAGAUACCCGAUGAUGUGUACGCCGAGAUUGUCUCACACGCGCUAUAG